AUGCAGAAUGUCCGGAUCGAUUAUAAAAAACAGCGGAAGGUCCUUCCUAUCGCCGACCUCCAGACAUUGGUGUUUGCCGGUCAGAAGAUAGACGCUAUCAACUUCUCCGUGUACAAUAAGGUCUUUGGACCGGAGAAGUCGGUGAAUGCGGUAGAAUAUUCCGAGACCCUAAACCAAAAGGAGAAGCAAGCGAGCAAGCAACGCUCGUCUCAGCCGGCGUCCCAAUCCGGCCACUCCUUUUCGCAAUCGAACCAGCAACAAAAGGGUUCCCAAGGCGGAACCGCUGGUCCCCGUGGGCCAACUCGGUCGCACGCGACACUCGAAGACAUGAUCGAGUCCCAUCAGCCUCUCUCCAGUCGCCACUGCUUCAAUUGCGGCAACGAGCCAAAACCGCCGGCCGCUGAACCAAAACUUCUAGGCGUAAAACCUCUCGCUUGUUUCGAGCCGGCUUCGGAUGAUCUUUACCAAGUAUCUCCGGCUUCGUACACCAUUUCAUAUCCAUUCCCCAACGAUAAUCGUCCGUACACUUCUGUACAAGUUUACGGUGUAAACUUUCGCGCUCUUCUUGACAGCGGUAGUAAUCUUACCCUGAUCAAUGACAGCGUCUUCAAUUCACUCAAACCGAAGCGGUUAUUUCCACUUCGGGAUCCCGUCCGCCUACGCACAGCGAGCGGAGAAGCGCUCAAUGUCCGCGGACGAAUUUAUUUACCUUUUUCAUGGAACGGUACGGUCAAGGUUGUUCCGACUCUGGUAGUUCCUAACCUGGCCAUCAGCUGCAUCUGUGGCAUGGAUUUCUGGAAGACCUUCAGUAUCCAGCCCACAAUCACUGAUUGCGCCAUGCUGGAGAACUCAGAGGAAGAAAGGAGCCGCGAGUCACCACUGUCUCCGACUGUUCUGACUGCUAUCGAGCAGCAGACCAUAGAGCAGAUCAAAACGCUGUUUAUAGCAGCCCGCCCGGACGAUUGUCAACCACUCCGUUGGCGGAACACAAAAUCGAACUCAACACAAGGUCUGGUGGCUGUAGAACUACAAAGAUUGUUGGACGCUGGCAUAAUUGAACCCAGCAACUCUGAUUGGUCGCUGAACUGCGUACCAGUCGUCAAGCCUCAUAAGGUUCGGCUCUGUUUGGACGCGCGUAAGAUUAACGAACGUACUGUUCGUGAUGCUUACCCCUUGCCGCACCCCUGCCGAAUUCUAGGCCAACUUCCGAGGGCGAAAUACCUAUCCACCAUAGACUUGUCGGAAGCCUUCCUACAAGUUCCGCUGGAGAAGUCCUCGAGGAAGUAUACGGCCUUCAGUGUGCAGGGCAAGGGGUUGUUCCAGUACACCCGGAUGCCCUUUGGUCUAGUCAACAGUCCUGCUACGCUGGCAAGACUGAUGGACCGAGUUUUGGGCCACGGUGUACUGGAACCCUAUGUCUUCGUUUACCUCGACGAUAUCGUCGUGGUAACGGAGACAUUUGAGCAUCACGUUCAGUUGCUUCGUGAAAUUGCGCGUCGACUGAACAGAGCCAACCUUAUGAUUAACGAGAAGUCUCAGUUCGGGGUGCCGGAGAUUUCCUUCCUAGGAUAUCUCUUGAGCUCGGAAGGUCUGCGUGGAAAUCCGGACAAGAUCCGUCCAAUCGUCGAGUACGAGAGACCGACCACGAUCACCAAGCUCAGGAGAUUCCUAGGAAUGGCAAAUUACUACCGCCGGUUCAUCCUGAACUUCAGUGAGACUUGCGGGCCCCUGUCGGACCUCCUCAAGUCCAAAUCCAAGGUCAUCGGCUGGAAUCCAGCCGCGGAGAGAGCUUUCUGCCAGAUAAAAGAGCAGCUGAUCGCCGCUCCGAUUCUGGGAAGUCCUGAUUUCUCUCGGAGUUCGCCAUCCAGACGGAUGCCAGCGAUGUCGCUGUUGCGGGAGUGCUCACUCAGCAGCAGGAGGAGGAACUAUCACGCUGCUGAGAAGGAAGCUCUAGCCGCCUUGCUCUCCAUCGAAGCGUUUCGGGGUACAUUGAAGGUUACCACUUCACCUUAG